UUGGUUUCUUGGUGCAGAUGUGAGCGGCCAUUGUUCGCUUUCCUUCUUCAACUACCCGAGGCGUUUUUAUUUUUUGUAAUAAAUAUAAAAAGAAAAAUCAAGAAAUAAUGGGGAAGUUGGAGGAAAUUGUGCGCAUCGCCAAGAAGAUGGAUAAGAUGGUCUCCAAGAAAAAUACGAAUGGUGCUAUCGAUUUAUUGAAGGAACUUAAAAACAUACCAAUGACACUGGACCUUUUGCAGUCCACACGGGUUGGAAUGUCUGUGAAUGCGGUUAGAAAACAAAGCACGGAUGAAGAAGUCACAACACUUGCCAAGUCACUUAUCAAAUCAUGGAAAAAAUUAUUAGAUGGCCCAACAGGAGACAAAGAUGCUGAGGAUAAGAAAAAAGAAUGUUCAACUUCCUCAAAAAAUGGUUCAGAUUCCACAGAGCAAAGCUCCAGCAAGAGACCAGAACCAAGGACACCCACGACUCCAAAGAUGACGACAUUUCCACCAAUUCCUGUUACCAGUGAUACUGUCCGUAACAAGUGUAGGGAGUUGUUGUCGGCUGCUCUCCAAACAGACAAUGAUUAUGUAGCAAUAGGAACUGACUGUGAUCAUAUGGCAGCACAGAUCGAAGAAAAUAUCCUUUCAGAAAUGGGCAAUACAGACAUGAAAUACAAAAACCGAGUGAGAAGCAGGAUAGCUAAUCUAAAAGACACAAAGAACCCUAAUUUAAGAAAGAAUGUUCUCUGCGGAAAUAUUUCAGCAGAGCAGAUUGCAAGAAUGACUGCUGAGGAAAUGGCAAGUGAUGAACUGAGAGAGAUUCGAAAGGCUUUAACAAAUGAAGCUAUCAGAGAACAUCAGAUGGCCAGAACUGGUGGUACUGAGACAGAUUACUUUGUCUGCGGAAAGUGCAAGAAAAAUAACUGCACUUAUACACAGGUCCAAACACGAAGUGCUGAUGAACCUAUGACUACAUUUGUUUUUUGCAAUGAAUGUGGCAACAGAUGGAAGGUCAGCAACAAAGUGAACUCCACCGGAUUACUUCCAAUUUCCAGCAAUGGAUUUCAAUGGCAGACACAGUUAUUGUUUCUCAUCCAUCGAUAGACAAACUAGCAGUUCUGUUAAUAGAAAUUCAGAAGACUACGUUGAAGACACAGCUGGACCAGUUAGAUGAAAGUUCGAACUUAAAGUAUCAUCAUGUAUAUUAAAUUUCUCAUUUUGCUACAUAUGUUGUUGUAAAGUAAAUCUUUGAUGCAACUAUACUCCCUUGAAAUUCUGAGAAAAUUAUGCAGGCACUCUGAGAGAUUUUGUUAAUUAACACGUGUGGCAUUUCAGUGAUGUUUUAGACUUUAUAUAAUUUAGGAUUUGAUCUGCCAUUAUUAGUAUCAGAUGGCUCUAUCAGGAGAUCUUUUUUUAAAUUAAAAUGUGACUGUUCACAGCAACCCAAUUGCUUCCAUAUAAAUAAAUUUUUCAAUUUCAUUUUACAUUUUAUCAUUCUUUCAAAAAUUGUAAUAAUCUCUAGAAAGUGUUAUAAUUGCAGAAAAUCAGUGGUUUCCUCCAUUAACACAUUGCAUUCAGAGUAUUUGAUGUUACAGUGAGAAGUGCAAAAUUUGUAACAAUUGUGAAAUUACUUGGAAAAACUCACUAAAGAUUUUUGGGGUGUUGGAUGUAAUUGUUUUUAAUUGCCAUAAUGCAUUUUAAAUUCAAAAAAGCAGAUUAAAUUUUCUUCUGUAAUUUCUCCUGUUUUUUUUUUU